CAGUCUUAACUGCCAUCCUUUCCAGUCUCCUCGCUUUCCCGACACCGGAAGCCAGCAUGGCGACACCACCGGUGGCGCCACCUAUUCCCCCGGCAGGUGUUGGGAAUUUCGAGGGAAAUUUAGCAGGGCCGCCGCAGCCGGGAACUGACAUGACGGGGAUAUGCUUCAGGGACCAGCUAUGGCUCAAUACUUACCCUCUCGACCGGAAUUUGAUCUUCGAUUACUUCGCUUUGUCUCCUUUUUACGACUGGACCUGCAACAACGAACAGCUCAGGAUGCGAUCCAUUCACCCUCUCGAUCCGUCUCACCUCUCGAAGAUGACAGGUAUAGAAUACACACUUAGUGAAGUUAUGGAGCCCCACCUCUUUGUUAUCCGCAAGCAAAAGAGGGAUAGUCCUGAGAAAGUCACUCCAAUGCUGACAUAUUAUGUCUUAGAUGGUUCAAUAUAUCAAGCACCACAGCUUUGCAAUGUCUUUGCAGCUCGAGUUGGAAGGGCUCUUUAUUAUGUAUCUAAGGCUUUCAACACAGCUGCCUCAAAGUUGGAAAAGAUUGGACAUGUUGAUGUUGAAAGUGAGACAGACUCUUCUGAAACAAAGGCUGGUAAAGAAAUAAUUGAUCUUAAGGAAAUCAAGCGAUUGAACCACAUUUUUUCCUCCUUACAAAGAAAGGUGACACUGAAAAGCCUAAUCAAUAGUUUGUUAUGUCUCCAUUUUUGCGAUGAUUUAUAUAUUGUUUUCUUUUAUGACAAAAGAAGUAUUAUCUACUAUCAUAAGCAACAACUAAGGAAGUGCCACCCAUGUACAUGGAUAUGGAUGCCUAAUUACAAUUCAAAAUAUCCAAGAGAUGAACUAAACCUCACUAUCAUAUGAUGUAGGACAAACUGG